AUGGAAAGUGCUCUGUGUGCGUGUGUGCGCGCACCUGUGUGUGUCAGUGUGGUUAAGAUGCUUUUUGCAUGUUUUGCACUACUGAUAUUUGUUCAGUAUCCCUUUGGACUGGAUGCCUCUUAUCUAGAAUUUACACUGGCAUGUACCGCAGUUGAUGCUGGAUAUGUGAAUGUUUCCAGAUUUCUCAGGCUUUUGUGUAAUGAUG